AUGAUUUAUCAAUUGUUUAUACUAGAUCGUUUAGUAGGUUUAUGGCUUAAAAUACUAAAUUCAGCCAUUGUGAUGGGACUGUAUUAUGGAUUUCUGACUACAUUCUCCAUAGGGCCAUCUUAUCUCUUCCUUAUUCGAGCCCGGGUUAUGGACAAAGGGACCGAGACGGAAAUAGCAGCAACAACCGGGUUUAUUACGGGACAGCUUAUGAUGUUCAUAUCGAUCUAUUAUGCGCCUUUGCAUUUGGCUUUGAUUAGACCUCAUACAAUCACUGUCCUAACUCUACCGUAUCUUUUCUUUAAUUUCGUAUACAAAAACAACAAACACUAUUAUUCGGCGGAUUCUCACUUUUAUUUGGAUUUGGAUUACGGAUACAAGAAUCCAAAUUCAAUACGUAAAUUUCGUAUUUACAAAGUAUUCUUUAACAAUCUUUUUUUUCAGUUAUCAAACCCCUUGCUUUUCCCAAGUUCAAUCUUACUAAGAUUAAUGAACAUUUAUCUCUUUCGAUCCAACAAUAAAUUGUUAUUCUUAACAAGUAGUUUUCUUGGUUGGUUAAUUGGUCAUAUCUUUUUGAUGAAAUGUAUUGGAUUGAUAUUAUUAGUUUGGUCAAAGCAAAAAAAUUCGAUCAAAUCUAAGUUAACUAUGCGAUUUGAUAAGUACAUUCUAUUACAAUUGCGAAAUUAUGUGGGUCAAAUAUUUGUUGUUUUUUCAUUUGUUAUCGUUGUCCACUAUUUAGGCAGAACACCGGUUCCAUAUUUAUAUACUUAUACUGAUGAAAUCUUAGAAUACGACGAGAAACAAAAGGAUGAAAUCAAUGGUGAAACAGAAAUCGAUGUUGAAAUAGAUUCGGAACAAGAACAAAACGGCUCCAUCGAAGACGAAGAAGAUAUUCUUUCUUAUCUUUUUCCGAAAAAAGAUAAGACUUUGGAGAACAUUGAGCAAGAUAAUAAUCUCUUGGCAUUGGAAAAACCUCUUGUAACUACUCUUUUCGAUUAUCGAAAAUGGAAUAGGCCAUUGCGAUAUAUAAAAAACGAUCACUUUGAAAGAGUCGUACGAGAUGAAAAUUCACAGUUUUUUUUUCAUAUAUGUCAAAGUGAUGGAAAAGAACGAAUCUCUUUCACGUAUCCACCUGAUUUAUCUAGUUUUCUGAAAAUCAUGGAAAAAAAAAUGGAUCUCUUCACAAAAGAUAAAAUCUCCUAUAAUGAUAAUGAAUUGUCUAAUUAUUGGAGCUCCAAUAAUAAAGAAAAAAGAAAGAAACUAAGCAAUGAAUUUUUUAAAAGGGCAAAAGUUCUAGAUAAGAAAUAUAAGAAAUAUAAGAAAUUUAUUCCUGUGGAUGUAUUUGAAAACCGAAUUAGAUUGUCUAAUGAUAAGAGGAAAAUAAAAUAUUUAACUAAAAUAUAUGAUCCUUUCUUGAAUGGACCUUUUCGUGGACAAAGCUUUUCACCAUCAAUUCAAAAUGAAACUUACACAACAAAUUCCAUUUUGAUAAAUAAGAUUCAUGGUCUCCUUCUUAUUAAUAGUAAUUAUCCAGAAUUUGAUAAUAGUAAUUAUCCAGAAUUUGAUAAUAGUAAUUAUCCAGAAUUUGAACAGAAAAUAGAUCAAUUUGAUAGAAAAUUUUUAUUAACUGAAAUUGGUUUUUUUUUUAACUUAAUAAGUCAAUUUUCGGAAAAAUCCGUAUCAAGUUUUAAUUUUGACGGACUUUAUUUAUUUCCAGAACAUGAACAAGUAAAAAUAUAUUCCGAAGAAAAAAAAAGAAAAAAAAAAUUCUUAUUCGAGGCAAUUAGAACUGAUCAGAACAACCAAACCAUUUUUAAUAGAAAGAAAUGUACUGGAAUAAACGAAAUCAGUAAACAAGUUCCUCGAUGGUCAUACGAGUUAAUCGACGAAUUGGAGCAAAUGACGGAAAGACUAACAAAAGAGUUUCAGAUUCGUUCCGCAAAAGCCGAACGUAUGGUAAUUUUUAAUGGGAAUACAGAUUCACUGACUUUGAAUAUUGGUCCUAGAAAUGACAAUGACGCUAUUCCUGAAGUGGACCUAAAUCACGAAUUUUUUCUAGUAAAUUUUUUACGCGAACCAGAUUUUGAUCGAGAUAUAAUUAAGGGAUCUAUGCGCCCUCUAAGGCGUAAAAUAGCGACAACGAAACUUUCUCAAGGAAAUGCACAGCCCCAUUCCCCCAUUUUUUUGGAGAUGAUAGACCCAUUAUAUUUUAUUUUUGGUGAUCUUUUCGAUGAUCUAUCCCAAAUUUUCAAAGAAAUGUUCAGGAAACCUGGUACUGACAAUUCAGAAUUUGUGGAGUUUCAGGAAAGGCUCGAACACAAAUACGAAGAGGACGCCAAAGACGACGCUGAAAUAAGACGUCUAAAAAUAGAAGAAGACUGGGAAAGUAUUCUAUAUGGUCUAAUAAUUAGAAGUUUUGUAUUACUAAUCCAAUCUUUUUUUAGAAAAUAUAUUCUACUACCUUCAUUGAUAAUAACUAAAAAUAUCAUUCGUAUCCUAUUAUUUCAAAAUCCCGAAUGGUCAGAAGAUUUUAGGGAUUGGAGCAGGGAAGUUCAUAUUAAAUGCACCUAUCAGGGCAUUCCAGUAUCCGACAAAGAAUUGCCAAAAAACUGGUUCGACGAGGGUAUUCAGAUAAGGAUCUUAAACCCUUUUGUUUUGAAAGCUUGGCACAAAUCUAAGGUACAAUCUACUGAAAAAAAAAAAAAAAAAAGAUCCACAGAAAAAAAAUAUACUGAAAACAAAAACUUCUGGUUUUUAACAGGUUAUGGAACACUAGUAGAAUCGUACCUUGAUGAGGGUUUCCCAAGAGACCCACUUUCAAUUUUUGGUCCCGUUUUAAAAACAAUAAGAAAACAAUUGAAAAAAGAUUUGAAAAAGCAUUUUUUUCUAGUUCUAAAAUUUUUAAAUGAAAGAAAAAAAUGGUUUCCAACUAUGUUAAAAAAAAUAGAAAACUGGAACAUCAAAAGGAUUCUUAAAAGUAUUCUAUUUAGGUUCAAAAUAAUAGAUGAACUGAGUGAAAGCAAAAAAACUUCAACAAUCAGUAAGAAUAAUUCAAAGAUUGAGGUGAUUGAGGUGAUUGAGGAAUCACCCGUUAAAAUGGAAUCGAUUAAUUGGACAAAUUCUUCAUUCACAGAAAAAAGGAUAAAAGAUCUUAAUGUUAAAACAAAGACAAUCAUAAAACAAAUAGAAACAAUGACAGAAGAAAAAAAAGAGGGGAUUCUAACUUCAGAGAUCAAUUUGAAUUCGAACAAAACUACUUAUGAUGCUAAAAGAUUAGAAUUACAAAAAAAUAAUUUGCAAAUCUUACAAAGAAGAUUUGUUCGAUUAAUACGUAAAUCCUAUUCUUUUUUCAAAAUUUUCAUAGAAGGGGUAUACAUAGAUAUCCUUUUAUGUAUCAGUAGUAUUGCUAGGAUCCAUCGACAACGUUUUCUUGAUUUUCUUGAAUCAACAGACAAAAUACUAAAUGUAAAAAAACCCAUUUACGACAAAAAAAAAAAAAUGGAAGAAAUGGAAGAAAGAUUUGAAAAUCUAAGUGUAAGUAGACUUAUAUCGAUUCUAGAGAAAUCUGAGAAUAUUACGAAUAUGAAUUCACAGAAUUCUUGGGAUGUAUCUUCUUUGUCAUCUUUGUCACAAGAAUAUGUAUUUUAUAAAUUAUCACAAAUCCAAUUUAGUAAUGGAUCUAAAUUUAAGAUAAGAUCUAUUUUGGAAUCUCCUGGAAGAUCUUUUUUUCUUAAGAAUGAAAUAAAGGAUUAUUUUUUUAGAAUGCAAGGAACAUAUAAUUCCAAAUUAAGACAUAAGAAACGUUCCGAUUCGUUAAUGAAUCCAUGGACAAAUUGGUUCAAGGUUCUUUAUCAAUAUGAUUUACCUGAGAAGAGAUGGUCGAGAUUAGUAUCACAAAACUGGAGGAAUAGAAUCAAUGAACAUCGUGUGGCUCAAAAUAAAGAUUUAGUUGAAUAUGAUUCAUAUGAAAAAAAUCAAUUAAUUUGGAAAGAAUUAAUUCUUUCCAAAAAACAAGAACAAGAAGGAGACUUAUUAAAAAUAGAAAUUAAAAACAAAAUUAAAAAACAAUAUAGAUAUGAUCUUUUCUCCUAUCAAUAUCUUAAUUUUGCGAAUAAGAAAAAAUCCUCUAUUUAUGGAUAUAGAUCACCGAAUAAAAACCAAGCGAUUUCUUAUAAUUACAACAUCUCUAUCCAAAAUUAUCUAGAAGAAUAUGAUAUUCUAGAUAUGGAAAAAAAUCUGGAAAAAAAUCUGGAUAGAAAGUAUUUCAAUUGGAUGGGAAUGAAUGUAAAAAGGAAAAAGACUUCUAGACCGAAGGAUAAAUUCCUUAUUCCCGGAUUUUGGUUCUUUUCAAAAUUAAGCAAAUUAUAUUGUGCAUAUAAGAUGAAUCCUUGGAUCUUACCAAUAAAAUUCUUUGUUUUGCAGCUUGAUAAUUUAGAGUUAACAACGGAAGAAUACGUGAAUACAGUAGAUGAAGAUCUUAAAUCUGUCUCAUACUAUUAUAAAGGAUCAGAUUCUAAAUACAGGACCGAUCUAAAGGGAGAACGGGAUUUCUUACUAUCAAAAUAUUUGGGUUUUUAUUUGCACUGUGAUAGUUCCGACGAAGAAAUAGGAAUGGAUAAUACCAACUUAUUUUGUCUCCUGCUUAGAAUGAAAAAAUUCAACAAAAUUGUAAUAAUGUCGAUUAAAAAGCUAGAGCUAGAUAUAGAAAUGCUGGUUGAUUCAAGGACGAAGGAUUUUUGUUAUACAGAAUGUAGGGACACUGAGGACUUGAAGGAAAGGCUAAUCUUUUUUAUUGAACCUAUUCGCCUGCCUAGAAAAAAGCAUGAACAAUCUCUUCUAUAUCAAACCAUAAGACUACCGUUGAUUCAUAAGAGUAAGACGCGAAAAAGUUGGAGUUGGAAAAAGAAAAAAAGUCGUGUUGAUCAAAAGAUAACAGAAAAUAAAGAUAAAAAUCUUUAUGAUUUGUUUGUUCCUGAAAAUCUUUUGUCCACUAGACGCCGUAGAGAAUUGAGAAUUCUAACUUGUUUCAAUCCUAGGAAUAGAAAUACUGUGCAUAGAAAAACAAUAAAUGACAAUGAGAAUCAAAUAAAAAAUGUUUCUCAAGUUUUGACUAAAAAUAAAGAUCUUGAUAGCGAAACAAAAAAACUAAUGAAUUUUAAAUUAUUUCUUUGGCCAAAUUAUCGAUUAGAAGAUUUAGCUUGUAUAAACCGCUAUUGGUUUAAUACCCAUAAUGGAAGCCAUUUCAGUAUAUUAAGGAUACAUAUGUAUCCUCGAUUGAAAGAUUAA